GUUGCAUUGGACAUAUACAUAAGGCUUAUCUGGAUACUGGACUUGAGCUAAUCGUAUGGUGCUCAGACACACCCAGCUGGCUCUGUAGCAUACUCUGCAAUCAGAUAUUCCGCAAGUAUCUCACAAUGCAUUCAGUAUUGUCAAGGUUAUCUCCCCAUUAGUUCCCUCAGUUCUAGUUUCUUUGGUAGAUUCAGAUUUGUCUCCAUGAAAGUUAGGAGUGUGUCAGAAUUGGCACAAGGUGGAAAGAACAAGGUCGUUAAUCAGACACCGAAAAAGUUUGUGCUGAAGGAACCUUUGGACUACACUUAACAAAUUGUCUGCUUUAAUACUGGUGACAUGGGGAACUGUCUGUGUCUCAAGGUCUUGGACUGCCAUGUUGGGAGGCAAGGAGUUAGUUGGGGGUGGAAAAACUGGAGUUUGUAUUCUUUCUGCUCUGUUACCCACUGCUAUCUUCAUGGAUCUGACACUCUGUUUAUCUGACAGUGCGCUCAGUACUGCUUCGCCAGGGAAAAUUGCACAAAACAAGCCCAGUGCAUCAGCAUUUUCAUUGUGUAUUGAGCUGAGCCUCCCUUCACAUGGUCACAUCCCCUUUUUAAUCUGGGAUUCCAUGUCCCUUUCCCAGUCCAGCCUGUUUCUGUGGUGUCUAUUGCUGGUCUCCCUGAGCUUCUGUUUCUGUGGUUUGAGUGUUUUUUGUGUGGCCGAGUGUUAAGACCUGCAGGACUUUUGGAAGUGGAGUUGUUGAGGGGUUAGGCAAUAUACUGUGUUAGUGUUAGUAGUUUGUGACGGACUGAGGUGAUGGCUGCGUUCAAGUUGGAUUUCCUCCCAGAGAUGAUGGUGGACCAUUGCUCCUUGAAUGCUAGCCCUGUCUCAAAGAAAAUGAAUGGUACACUGGAUCACCCAGAUCAACCUGAUCUAGAUGCUAUCAAGAUGUUUGUGGGUCAGGUCCCACGGAGCUGGUGUGAGAAAGAUCUAAGAGAACUUUUUGAACAGUAUGGUGCUGUCUAUGAAAUCAAUGUCUUGCGAGACCGGAGCCAAAACCCUCCUCAAAGCAAAGGGUGCUGUUUUGUUACAUUUUAUACCCGUAAAGCUGCACUAGAAGCACAGAACGCUCUUCACAACAUGAAGAUUCUCCCAGGGAUGCACCAUCCUAUCCAGAUGAAACCAGCUGAUAGUGAAAAGAAUAAUGUAGAAGAUAGGAAGUUGUUUAUUGGAAUGAUAUCGAAGAAGUGCAAUGAAAAUGAUAUCCGAGUGAUGUUCUCCCCCUUUGGGCAGAUUGAAGAAUGCAGGAUAUUACGGGGCCCAGAUGGGCUGAGCCGAGGUUGUGCAUUUGUGACUUUUACAACAAGAGCCAUGGCGCAAACAGCAAUCAAAGCAAUGCACCAAGCACAAACCAUGGAGGGUUGCUCUUCUCCCAUUGUGGUAAAAUUUGCAGACACGCAGAAGGACAAAGAGCAGAAACGAAUUGCUCAGCAACUCCAGCAACAAAUGCAACAGAUCAGUGCUGCUUCUGUAUGGGGAAACCUGGCUGGACUCAACACGCUUGGACCGCAAUACUUAGCACUUUAUUUGCAGCUCCUUCAGCAAACAGCAGCAGCCUCAUCUGGGAACCUGAACACGUUGAGCAGCCUCCACCCAAUGGGAGGACUGAAUGCGAUGCAGUUACAGAACCUAGCUGCGUUAGCAGCUGCAGCCAGUGCAGCUCAGAAUACACCAAGUGGCACCGCUGCACUCACCUCCUCCAGCAGUCCCCUGAGUGUGCUCACCAGCUCAGCAGGUUCCUCACCUAGCUCCAGUAGCAGCUCCUCUGUUAAUCCCAUGGCUUCUCUUGGAGCAUUGCAGACACUGGCAGGGGCUACAGCAGGCCUGAAUGUUAGCUCUCUAGCAGGCAUGGCAGCUUUAAAUGGAGGACUUGGCAGUGGUGGUCUUUCAAAUGGGACAGGUAGCACAAUGGAAGCCCUCACGCAGGCUUAUUCUGGAAUCCAGCAAUACGCUGCUGCUGCAUUGCCCACACUCUAUAACCAGAGUCUCUUAACACAGCAGAGUAUUGGUGCAGCAGGAAGUCAAAAAGAAGGUCCAGAGGGAGCCAAUCUGUUUAUCUACCAUCUCCCCCAGGAGUUUGGGGAUCAGGAUCUGCUGCAGAUGUUUAUGCCAUUUGGAAAUGUUGUCUCUGCCAAGGUUUUCAUUGAUAAGCAGACCAAUCUAAGCAAGUGUUUUGGUUUUGUAAGUUAUGACAAUCCUGUCUCUGCACAGGCUGCCAUUCAGUCAAUGAACGGCUUUCAGAUUGGCAUGAAGCGUCUGAAAGUACAGCUCAAGCGCUCUAAGAAUGACAGCAAGCCAUACUGAGCGCCCCUCCCCUCCGGGACUGGAGUGAGAAGGAUCUUUUGGUAAGUUGGAGAGGAGCGCACUUAGUGAUUCGAAGCCCUAAGGCUGUGUUUUUACAGUCCUGGAAGCUGAUCCAUGCCGUUCUAUCUGGCACGUCUUCCCCUGAAGACUCGGCUGCAGCCUCUACUGAGAAUCCUGCUUCGAAUGAAGGACAAGUUUGUGCUUUUGUUUCCAGUGUUUUACUUUGGAGUUUAGGUGCCAUAUCGCUGAGGUUUUUUUUUUGUUUGUUUUAUUUUUUUUCCUUAUUUAAGUUUGCUGUGUUUGUAACCAGUGUGUGUUGAGAAGGACCAAUGCCAGCUCCUGUGGGGUGGGGAGGUAAGGUCAAAGGGAGCCGCAGAAACUGAAACCACACUGCCUUGGGGUAGAGGAAAAAAAGGGGAAGCAGAACUGACACCACACUGCCAUGGGGAGAGGAGGAGGGAAAGCAGAAAUUACACUGAACAGCUGAUGGAAACAAAGAUGGGGAAGGAAAACUGAGUUUAUCUAAGUUUGGGUGAGCAAAGAACCAACUCCAAAUAGCCUUUGUCAUGCCACACCCACUCUUUGACGCUUCCUUUACUGUAUGCCAUGGUGAGGAAUUAAUAAAUCAUCUCUAAAGUGAAGACAGGCUGGAAGGGUGAACACAUUAACGAGCCAAAGGAAAACUGCAGUGGUUUUUUGUUUGCUGUAUAUAAAAUAGUGUGUAUGUAGCACUGUGAAUGUACACAGCACUUUAUAAAGUUAGAUAAUGUCUGCCCAGAAAAUUUCACUAUUUGCCGCUGAAUGUUAAUGAGAUGCAGUGGAUUUCACCAUUUUUAAGAGAACUUAUCCUUUAACUAGGUUUAUUGAGACAUGGCGUAGAGUCUGGAUGAAUACGUCUGAGGCUGGAAACAGGAAACUUUCCAUCUCUGAUAACCUGCAGAAUUUUUUCACCAGCUUUUUUUUUUUUCCCUAACAAUUUGUUACAUUCUCCAUUUCUAUGAAGUAAUGUCCUUUUCACGGAGUAUUACUUUGAAUUCAUUCUGAUAAGCAUAAUAUGUGCUGUUUGUUUCUCUGUUAAAAUAACUGUUAAAUAGAGAUACAAAGCAUGGAGUUACCCUAGAACAGCUCUUGAAACUCCUGCUUUGUACAUGUUUUUAUAGGAUUUGCUUUCUUGGUCUUUCUGUUACAAAGAUAAGUAUCUAUUUAAAAAAUAAUAAUAAUAAUCUGAUUUGUGCAGUGACAUAGUCUAGUAGAUAGGUAUUUCUUUAUACUGCAGUUUUCCUUUAAGGUUGUGUGUACCAAACAUUGAGCCAUUCAGUCUUAUUCCACCUUCUGCUACCAUUAUCUUUUAUACUGAAGGAAGAUUGAACACAACCCUUCAACCAACACAAACUUUUUUUUGUACUCAUGAAAUUGCUAGUGCAUUGCUAUAAGGGCCUUAUACCCUGGUUUUAGGGGCUCAAAGGACUUUUGACACUCUGGCCUGAGUUGUUUUAAGAAAUUAGAGUCCUGUGUUACAACCACCAAAACCCACCUCUGUCACAAGAGAAAGUUUACAAUUUCUGUGUGUCUGUAACAAAAAUUCCAUUUACCUCAUAUUUUCUCCUCGUCCUUGUUUCCUUUGUAUUUCCAGUUGUUGAUGCUGUUUCCCAGGGCCUGAGCUAUCGCCACAGCUUGGGAGUCAGCUGCUAAAUAAUGAAUAUGUGGAGUCAGACGUAGGGUUUGGACUUUCAGUUCUGCUCCAGCAGGAGGAGCACUGAACCCAUCAAACCAUCGUGUUUAUUCUGUGCACUCACAAGCAGUGAGUGGCUAUAGAGAAUCUCGUGCAUUCCCAUUCUCAAACCUCAGAAGUACGAGGCCUGACCCAUAGCAGAAGAGCCCUUUUCGUUGCUAAAAUGGAAAUCAGUUAGUUGAUGCCUGUAGAUACGGAUGGCACGUAGGCAAACCUAUCAGUAUUAUUCAAAGUAUUUUGUGGUGGCAAAGGUUCAAAGGCCAGAUUGCCAAAUUUCCCAGUUAUGCUGGCAUGUGGUACCCUUCAAUGUUAUUUAUUUGGAUCUCUCUAAAAACGUAACACUUAAGUGAGCCAUGUACACUUGAAUUCUACACGAUGGGAAAGAUGUGUCCUGGUUUUCUGAGAAGAGAGUGUUGGAGUGUGAAGGCCUCCAGGGUGACAAUGGGAUUUUUUAUAAAUAAUAUACUUUAAAAAAUUUAAAAAAAAAAAAAAAUUAAAAAAGGAAAAAAAAAAAAAAGAAAAAAAAAAUAGUUGGGAGCAGCUGCUCCAGGUGCAACCUGCUGUAACCAAGAAUGUUGUUUCUAUUUUUAUAGAAGUUUUAUACCGCUCCAGGGUGGAGAGUAUUUAUUACCUAAAUUAUUUCACUGGAAAAAAUAAAAAAAAAAGGCCAGGGUUUUGUAGAAUCCUGAAUGUGAUUGUUUUACACUCAUAACAAUGUGCACAAUUGAAACUACUGAGUGGCCUGUUUGCAGCCCAGCAACUGCCAAAUGGGAGAGAUGAAUGCUGUGAACCAGUGGAGGAGAGCGCUGUGCUCUGGGGUCUCUACAGUCACUCUUACCUUCUUUGCACCCUGCCCCACUGUGCUGAGAACUUUGUCUCGUUUUUCUUUUAAUCUGAUGCUCUGGCCUCUUUAGUAGUCAUUUCAGUUGCCCAAAAUUAGACGUUUUAGCUUUCACAUCCUACAGCUUGUCCUCAGUGCUGUGACUUAGAAAUCAAGCUGGGCAUUGUUGCAGAUGAUAGGUGCUUAGGAGAUUGGCUUUUACUCUGUUUGGUCAGUGACUCCUCCCAGACAUAACCACCUUAGACAGGUAACUUGGGCUAGCUCUUGUGCCUUACUGGCAUGACUAUAUUAUAAGUAUUGCCAAAAAGGAAAAAACAAAAACACACACUAAAAAAAACCAAAAAACUAUGCAGGUUAAAUUCUAAAAUAUGCGAUCCUCAGUUGGUUUGAAUCAAUGUAGUUCUGCUUUCUUCAGUAGAGCUGCAUCAAUUUUCACCAGCUGAAGAUGUUGCCCUUCUUCUGUAUUUGUUUAAGAUUUCCCCUUUUUUGGUGUAUCAGUGUAUAUGUUGCCAAAGUUAAUAAAUGUAUCUAGUUUGUGACUUCAGCAGAUUUUUCUCUGAUCACAGAACCGGUCAGAUAAAGUCCAAUAUUCCUGUGUCUUUCUGGUGGCUGCUGCUCAAUCUAGAGACUUAGGUUCUUGCCUUCCAGUUCCAAGUCAGUUUUCUUCCUCCCUGUCUGUCAGGAAGGAAGGUCUGGGACUGCUGGGAAGGAAGCUUGGGGUCUAUUUUAUUUUGUCAGAUUUUUAAUUCCUGUCUUAUUCAAGCACAAAACAGAUCAAUCAGCUCUUGGGACCUGGUAGGGGCAAACUGCCCAAAACAAAGAUUAGAUUCUGAUUAGUAUCUGUUGUGAAAGAAUAUAUCAAAAUUCUUUGAGCAAUGCUUAAAAAUAAGGAAAUUAUCUGCACAGCAACAAUUGAGUAAUAGUAAUUUUAAAAGCAUGCUUGUAUAGGCCAGGGACAGUGAGACUGGAAGGAAUGUUAAAAAGGCAUGAGAAACAGAAGUAGCAAAACCAUUUGGGGGCAAGCUUGACUCUCUCUUGAUAGUAUAUAUUGGAAAGUAUCAUCAGAUGUUUCUUGAUUAUAAUGUGUUCUUGUGUCAGAUGCUUUACUCUUGGAUAGCUCAGUAUAGAUCAGAUGAAUUCAAGUAAACUGUGGAGGGAUUGGCUUAAUUAGCCACACAGGCAACAUUUCUUGAAACUCAAGCCAAAGAAUCUGAUUUUUCAUUUUAUUUUUUUAACAGCACAGCCUAGUAAGAUUUCUCCUGAAACAGAAUUAGGUGUUACCUGUGUCACCAGAAAAUACUUAAGUAAGCAGCAAGAUGGAAAUGUGUCUACUUCUUACAUUUGUCUCAGAAGACAUUUGAUUUUACUAGAUAUACUGUAAUAAUAUGAAAGCAUUAUGAAUGAUUUAAGUCUUAGUCUGAUGCUACUUAGUAUCUAGUACCACUGCAAAUGAAUUCAUAGAUUCUUCUGCCUCAUAAACGACCAACAAUCCAAAAUUAGAAACCCUCUCUAUAAAUUAUUCUUUUCUCUUUUGCAGUACAGUGCUUGCCCUGUUAGAAAAUGCCUUUGAGACAUAGUCUUUAAAUUCGAAGUCUAAGCAGAAGAGAAUUGGAAUUUCUCUGAAGUAUGAGACAAUGGCAGUGAAUAUGUUUUUAUAUUUUAAUGACGAAAUAGAAUCUACAGCUAGUAAAGUAUUUUCUGGAAAAUAGGUACCUCAGAAAAUUUUUGACCAGCACAUAAAUCAAUAAAUGAAAAAGCUUUAAAUCUGAAUAACAAGUUACACAUUGCAUCAUACAAUCAGCUGAUCUGUUUCUUGUUAAUAAUUGUGAGAUAGGGAAGGGCAACUGAGCAGAACCCAUCUAGUUAUGAAGUUGUUUCUAACUAUUUUCUUUGGAAGCAUCUUAAAAACAAACAAACAAAAACUUGAAUAAAGCAAGCUGCAAAUGGCGAAUGCUGCUAUGAACAAGCAAAAUGCUUUGAAAGUUUUUUGUUACAGAUGCUUAAACAUAAGGGUGUUAUACAUCCCUGAGCAUACUUACUGCUAAGUAUAAGCUACAGAAUGCAGAGUAGUUGCAGUACUUUAUCACAGUUGUGAGAAUAGAGCAAGGACAAGGUGAAAUAACUUUCCCCAAAUAAGUGAGUUCUCAUUCAGUUUCUCAUGUAUGUUUCUCUUCUUGUAGGAGAGUCCUUCCUAAUAGCUUAAUUGGAACCAAGCGACUCUGAGUGCAAAUUCUAAGUGAAAUAUUUGAAAAAUGUAUUCAGAAAGCCUAAACAAACCACGCUCUCUACUCCUAAUGGUGCAUGCUGGAUGUUGCUUGAUUUCUUGCCUUGUAAUCUGUCUCAUGCCUCAGAUCAUGAGAAGUUUGUGGUUAGGAUUUUAACCCUCGCAGCUAGAGCAUUUGUAGAACCGUGGAAAUAAUUGCAAGAGUUGCUUUGUACUCUGCUGGAGUUUGUUUCAGCUCCACGCAAAGUCCUUUCUCUGAACUGGAAAGUAUGAAGAAUAAAGUAAUUGAGCAUUUUUUUGUAAGUAGUCUCACAGUUUUAGUGGACAGUGUACAGCCUUUUGCUUUGGAGCUAGAAUACAAUCCUUUGUAUUUCUGAACAUACUGUGAAUGCUGUAAUAUAAUAUGGAGGUCUCACCAUGCACUAGUCUGUAACCUCCAGCUUUGAGAGGUGCUGAGAAUAAGGCAGCGUACAGGAGAUAGAACAGAGUUCAGGAAUGUGGAGAAAAGCCUUGUUUUCUCCCUGCUCUGCUUCUCACCCUCUUCCCAAAAUGUUUCUUCUCUUUUUCAGUUCAGAGGUUGAAGGGAGAAAACAAAGGUAUAUCAAAAUUUAAGAAUUAACAUAUCUAUAAACCUUAUGAAAUGUUCAGGAAACGUAUUUUUCUAUUCAUCAAACUGGCAACAGUGACUGUAGAGCUUCUCAGAGCCCAGAAUCCCCUCCUUGCGAAGCCAGGGAGCUGGGGGCUGUUUAUAUAAAAGUCUGGGAAAGGAAGAUCCCUGUGCAGGUCUAAUGGUUCAGAAAGUGCUCAGCUAGGACAAGUCUUAACUAGCAGUCAAGUCUUAAGAAGUUCUCUAAUGUGUAGGGUUUUUGGUUCCACUUACUUGUCUUGUAUAAUCUUUUUAUUUUCCUGUUCCAAACUACUCAACUCCGGUUUCAUGGGCUACUGGGGAACGAGAAGGGGCUGUAGCUGAAGGAAAGAAUGGAUUUCCUGGGCUGCCACACUGCCUAUGAACUUCCCAUGUUAGGAUGCUAGAAAAGUCUCAGCUGUCAAAUCACAUGUGAAUCCCUCCUGAGUCCUCUGUCUUGUCUCUCACAGUCUCAGUCUCUGUGAUUGACUGUGAGCACCAGAGCCCUAUUUUUUGGAAUCUGUCUGCUUGCUCUGUUCUCUUAAACAGAGCUAGUGGAGACCCCAGGCACGGGGCAGGGUGAACACAUACUAGUCAGUGUGGCACUAGGCCAUGGCAUGCGCCACAGAGUGGAUGCUGAGGGAAAUCGAGGCCUCUGUUUCCAUUUAGUUUCUGGCAGUUUGAUGUUUACUUGGUGUCCUUCAUGUACUUUGACUUUUACUUGUCCAUCGUUGGCAUGUGCUGCCCUUCCCUGUCAACUCCCUUCCCCAGGAGGUCUCAUUGUACAGUGCCCAUUCUUGUUCUCUCUCUCCUUGUUUGGAUGUACUGCUCUGUGUAACUCAGUGGGUCUCCCUCUUUCUGGUUUGUUUUUUUUCUAGAUUCCUGCCGUUUGUUCAUCGUUGUGCCUAAAGCAUGUCGAUGUGGCGUUCAAGUACAUCGUCCAAAUCCUUGUCUCUUCAGCUUCUCUGAUGCUUGAACUCUCACCUUUGACCUUGUGUUGACCUUUGAUGCUGAUGUGUAUUUUUAUUAUGUUUGUUUCUUUCUUUGUUGGUUUUUUUUUUUUGGUUCUUUUUUUUUUUUUUGUGCUGCCAAAUUGGUUUUGCUAGAAAGACUGCUGAAGGGGGAAUAUUUAAACUUGCAUUUGAAUAUAAAAGAAUUUCUAUUUUUCUAGACCUUCGUAAGAUAACCACUUGAUUUUGUGAAUCUGAUUCUUUGUAAUUGUCUUCAGAGCAGCCUUGCUAGCAUACCUUGUGGAGUGUUUGUAUUUCUGUGAACAUACAGCCAAUCACUUUCUAGGCUUAGUUUUUUCUGUGUGCUUAGUUUUAAAAACACAGUUUUGAAGAUAAAGUCGAUUAUGUCGCGUGAUUCGAUUUUUGAGGAGACUUCCUAGUCACAUUUUGCUGAUCUGGUUUCUGUGCUUGAGGAGACAGCAUGUGUUUUUGAGUUCGAACUUGUGACUUGAGUGGCAUCAGCAGAAAACACUUGAACUACAUUUCCUUCCGACUGUAGCUACGUUUUUGCCCUUACAUUCAAUGAUUUUUUUUAUUAUUUUUUCCCCCGCUUCCUUGUGUGAUUAUCAGUCUGCAGUGAAAAUUUGAUCAAAGUUGAUGUUGUAUUUUGUUAAGCCCCAGCAUGCUUGUUUUUUUCGUAACCACAAUCUCCUCAGCAAAAUGUGAUGUUUUUGUUUUAUUCUUUCAAACUGAGAUCAUGCCCAGAAAUGUUUUGCAUGUUUCCUGCUGUUUUCUUCACACCCUCCUAUAUAUCACCUUCACCUCUCUGUUUUCUAUAGUUUGUGCAAAAACUGAGCAAUUUAAUGGGUUUCAAAGGUAUCCUUUUAAAUUGGUGUUUUUGGUAUGACAAAUAUCUAAUCAGAAGCCACCUGAGGGCAUCUACCUGUGCACUUAGACUGUCUGCCUGACAGAGCACCUGGACCUUGUUCCACCUCCAGCACUGUCAGAGGCUCUUGGGGGCUGGGCUGCACUGUUCCUGUAGUAGGAGUCUUGGUGGAAGGGGAUAGCUGGGAAGCAGGAAGAUGGGGUAACUUCGUGGUAUUUCUGUUUCUAAAGUUCUCUGAAGCUAGGGCUCCUUUAGAACACUCUUUACUAGAACUUCACAUAAUUCAGGGCACAUUUUUAUGAAGUCCAGCCUCAGCUUAAUACCAUCAGUCAGACUCUGGUGGUGGUGGCAGGAUCCUGGAAAGAUCUAGGGUAGCUCUUGAAAUAAAACUAUCUGAAAUAUUCUAGAGAAAGCAUUUGUAAACCUAGACGUGCAACUGCUGGCUCUUUUCCCAAGUGACAAGCACAAUACGACAGCCUCUGAAGCUGUUACCUGAACAGGGUACCAUCCCCAGCUGUCUUCUCAAGGGCCUUAGCUGGGGAAUCUCUACGGAGAUUUUUUAGUUUUUGUUUAGUUUUUAAUUGGGUAAUGAGCUGAGCAGUUUUUCUGGCUUGCAGAAUGAAUGAGAACAGACCACUGCUUUCUGCAUGGCAGGCUUCCUCUGACCCUACUGAAGAUCUGCACAGGUAGAAGGUGGGAGGUAGCUUCUUGAUGAAGGCACCUGAAGGGUGUUUUGCUGUGGUGAAGUUUCAGUCAGAAGUAGAAGAGAGCUAGUGUAGAUAACUGAACAGUAUAAAAUGACAAGAAAUGGAAUCCCAGGAGAAAGGAGUUUGCUGAGAAAAUUAAUUAUGUUUGAUUGGAUAGAAAUCGUACUUUUGUCCAGUGUUUGGGAUAAUGAAAAUGCAGUGAAGAUUCCAUCCCAAUCCUGAGUUGGCUGAGGAUAUUAUACCAUUGAUAGCAACUAGUUAGAUCUGCGUAGACAGUCUUUAAGCAGCUGAAGGGACAGAACAUUUUUGGGAUUUGGUACAUAUACCUGGGAAUGAAGUGUGAGGCUGGGUGAGAAAAGGAUAGAGACUUGUUUAUUUUGAAGGUAGGGUUGUGGGCUGGCUGCUGUUAGUCCCACAGUCUGAAUGCACAGGGCUGGGUGUCAGUGGGGACACUGAUACCCUGCAGUGUAUUGAGUAACUGCCAAUACAUUUCUGUACAUGCGCAUUUGGUUCCAUAAGGAACUCUGGGGAAACCUGUGGAAAAAUGUCUGAAGAAAACCAAAAUGCCAAACGUUGGAUGUUUCUUUCCUUUCUUAUUUCCUUUCCUUCCUUUGGUUGUUUUAAUUGUUCUAUGGUGGUUUUAAUGGAUUUGAGACAGUGGAGCAGCAGCUGCCUUUCUGAUUUUUGGCUGCUUUUUGUGAAUAAUUUAAAAAGAAAAUUUACAUUUUGGAGACAAACCUGUGGGCUUUUUUAUUGGUACAAACAUUGUAUUUAACACUAGGGGUUUUGUACAGUUUUUUGCCUUUUCUACUAGAAAACAAUGUAAAGUGAUUCACAAUGUGACGAGAAAACAAAUUGCCACUAUGACCAAAUGUAGAGUCUGUUCUGCAGUAAUGGGAUUUAAUCAACUCGAAGUCGUGGUUCAGUCAUAGAAAUGCUUUUCUUUACCUUGUUUGAGCUGUUCCUUUAUUUUUCUUGUUUUGAUUUGCAAAACAAAAUGUCUUUUUGUGUGAAAUUGUGUUGUACUCUGUAGAGAAUUAUGGAUUUUACUUCAAUGGUUUAAGAAGCAGAGGAGCACGUUUUGCUUUUCUGAUGGCAGAGUUUGUGUAGUGGAUUUAAAAAUGAAAAGAUAUGUUACAAGUUUGGAUCAAGCGAGUACGUGUUAAAGGAAUUUUCUUCCUUUUGUGUGUGUGUUGGUUUUCUUUUUUUUUUUCUUUCUUUUUUUUUUUUUGUCCCAAAGGGCAACUUAAAGCUGUUUUAAUUGCACAGACACACCGACAAUAAGUCAUUUUGUAUAUGCCAAGUGUGGUACCUUCCUUUGUUUAUUUGCUAUUAAACUGUUUGAGAAGA